AUGGGCAGUGGCCUACGAGUCCCUGGGCUGCCUGGAGUCGAGGCUUAUGGGCGGCCUGGACUCAUGGCUUAUAGAAGAGAUGAAAUGUGCUCGGAGGAACGAUUUGACUAUAAAAUCUCUCCUUUGAAGAGAACCAGUCAGUCUUUCCAUCAGCCUCAGCGUAGAAAGUCCAGGCAUGUUGAUGUCUCCUACAAACCGCAGCAUGAAAGAAAGCCAGAAACAGAUGAGAGGCCUGCACGAUCUUUGAAAACAUCAACAGAUACUUCACCCUGUUUUUAUUCAGCGGUUUCAUCAUCCAAGGUGUUAGUCAAACCUGGUAGGUUAACUGAAAAAGAACUUGCUGAGGCUGCGAGAAAGUGGGCUGGGGAAGAGCAAGAGAAGUCAGAUGCAAGUCACUUGCCUGAAAUUUGCGAGUAUGAAGCGGGAUCCACAGCACCACCGUUCAUUUACCAGGCAGAAGAACCUGAAGCAAAUGCAGCAUAUGGCAUAGAGUUCUAUGAAGACGAGCUAACCCGUCGCUUUAAAGCAAUAGCAUUAAAAGCCAAAGAGAUUGAACAGGCUUACCAACAGGACUGUGACAUGUUCUGGAGGGUAGUGAAAAUGCUGAUUGAAAAAGAUCCUUCAUUAGAAAAGUCUGUAGAGUUUGCGCUGAGGCAGAAUUUACAAGAAAUAGGUGAGCGACAUUUUGAAGAACUCAAGCAUUUCAUGGCAGAGUACGAUACUUCAACUCAAGAGUUUGGAGAUCUUUUUUAG